UCAGAUUUUUAAGUGCUUCUCCGCAACUGUGAGGGCUAGAAACCUUAUUUAUUUAUUUGUAAUGAAAGUUAAGAUUUUCACCUAAUCAGCUUUCUCCAGAAUUUGGGGCUUUAAGAAGAACACUGAAUUUAAUGAGACUCACAAUAAAAUAAAGAGAUUGAAAUAUGGUAUCAGAUAUUUCCCACGAGGAUAUUGCAGCAUGCACUGAGUAAUGGGUUCAGGAAAGUGAUGGAUGAGCAAGGGCUAGAGGGGAGUAUUCAUCUUACAGAUGACAUAAAGCUUGGUGAGAUGCACUAGGGGCAAAAGCGGGAUGCUCCAGGGAGAAGGUCCAGGACUUUGCAAAAAAGUCCAGAUAGAGUGUUCAAGAGUACUGUAAACUAUGCAGAAAUCUCAGAGAAUUGGAAUAUAGCUCUGGUACUAAGAUAGGUCUCUGAGGGAUGGAGAUAUACAUGGCAAUGCACUCAGAAACCAGAGAUGCCCUGUGGAAGAUCUAGUAGGAUGGGCUGCCAGACUGCACCAUGCAUUGCAGAUGUCUCAGUGCUCUGGAGGAGUGUCCUGAGGGAUGCAUUGUUGGAGGACUAAAGGGAAUAAACUAGUCAGAGAGCUCUUGGGGACUGGAGAUACUUCAGAAGGGUGAGGGAAUGAGGAUUAAGGAAUGGGGGUUAGCCAGGUAGAGUUGGGUGCUUCCCUGUAGGGAAAAGGGUGGCUGGAGAUUGUCCUAGGCUACGGAAAUGCCCUAGGCUAGGGCAAACCUCCCGUUGGGAGGUGUGAUGGGGCAGUGCUGGAGGCUAAGGCCUGCUAAUCUGGUGCAGAGACCAGUGCUAGCUGAGAAGUGCCCUGGUGGGAGCGGUAGAGCUGCCCUUCUGGUUGGACACAGAGUGAUGGUAGGGACGCUGGAGGGGUGGGGGCGCACUAGGAGGGUAACGGAGACACGGAGGCCUGCCUUGGAGGGAGGCUGGGGCGGCCCCAGUGCCAUUUCCUGGGGGAUGACUGGAAGGAGCCUGGAUAAUGGGGGCUGCACUGGCUUUGCCGGUGCCUGGGGACUCGGAAAGUUUAAGGAGUUUCCUCAGCGCUGGGGUUCUGGCUGGGGAGCGCGGGAGUGGGGGCUUCCCCAGCAGGACUCCGCCUCUAGGGGCAGGGCCUGGGCGGGCUGAGCUGAGAGCCUGAGCCUGCAGCGGACUCACUCGGCUGCGCUCGCGUUGGAGAAAGCUGCACGAGCGAAAGCACCCUAGACACUGAGCCACCCCCAGCUCUGGUGCAUGGUCCCAGCAGAGCUCGGCCGGCCGGGGCUGCAGCGAGCGCCUAGCCCGUCGGAGGAGCGGCCGCUGCUGCGGAGCGACCCGGAGAACUUUCUGUGCCCCAGAGCCCGGUGCAGGGCUGGAGCUGCGGCGGGGGCUGCCAGCAUGAGGCGGCUCGGGGGCUCCAUCCUGCCGCUGUUGCUGGGAGCCCUGCUCUUCGUCCGAGGUGUAAAAAGCAGCACUGACUGUUCCUGUGGACGCAAUCACUUUACUUGCGCAGUCAGUGCCUUUGGCGAGUGCACGUGCAUCCCGGCUCAGUGGCAAUGUGAUGGUGACAAUGACUGUGGGGACCACAGUGAUGAAGAUGGCUGCAUGUUGCCUACUUGCUCGCCCUUGGAUUUCCACUGUGACAAUGGGAAGUGUAUCCGUCGCUCAUGGGUCUGUGAUGGAGACAAUGACUGUGAAGAUGAUUCUGAUGAACAGGACUGCCCUCCACGGGAAUGCGAGGAGGAUGAGAGUUCUCGUGUCAGAAGGAUAUUGCCAAUCCGCAGCCUGUGGCACUGUGACGGUGACAACGGACUGUGGUGACAACACGAUGAGCAGUGUGACAUGAGGAAAUGUUCGGAGAAGGAAUUCCGCUGCAGCGAUGGCAGCUGCAGCGAGCACUGGUUCUGUGAUGGCGAUACAGACUGCAAGGAUGGCUCGGAUGAGGAGAACUGCCCAUCAGAUGUUCCAGCCACGACCUGUAGCCUAGAGGAAUUCCAGUGUGCCUACGGACGCUGCAUUCUGGACAUCUACCAUUGUGAUGGUGACGAUGACUGCGGGGACUGGUCUGAUGAGUCCGACUGCUCAUCUCACCAGCCGUGCCGCUCCGGGGAAUUCAUGUGCAACAGUGGCUUGUGUAUCAAUGCUGGCUGGCGGUGUGAUGGUGACUUUGAUUGUGAUGACCAGUCAGAUGAGAAGAACUGCACCACAUCCAUGUGCACAGCUGACCAAUUCCGCUGUAAAUCUGGGCGCUGUGUCCGUUUGUCAUGGCAUUGUGAUGGAGAGGAUGACUGUUCUGACAACAGUGAUGAGGAGAGCUGUGAGAACACAGGGAGUCCCCAGUGUGCCCCUGACCAGUUCCUUUGUGGGAACGGACGGUGUAUUGGCCAGAGGAAGCUGUGCAACGGUGUGAACGACUGUGGAGAUGGCAGCGACGAGAGUCCCCACCAAAACUGCCGUCCACGGACAGGUGAGGAGAACUGCAAUCUCAACAAUGGGGGCUGUGCCCAGAAGUGCCAUAUGGCGCGAGGGAUGGUGCAGUGCACCUGCCACACAGGUUACAGGCUGCUGGAGGAUGGCCGAUCAUGUCAAGAUGUGAAUGAAUGUGCUGAGGAGGGUUACUGCAGCCAGGGCUGCACUAAUAGUGAGGGUGGCUUCCAGUGCUGGUGUGAGCAAGGCUAUGAGCUUCGCCCGGACAAGCGCAGCUGCAAAGCUCUGGGGCCAGAGCCAGUGCUGCUCUUUGCCAAUCGGAUUGACAUCCGGCAGGUGCUGCCUCACCGCUCAGAGUACACCUUGCUCCUGAACAACCUGGAGAAUGCCAUUGCCCUUGAUUUCCACCACAGCAAGGAGCUUGUGUUCUGGUCUGAUGUCACACUGGACCGCAUCAUGAGGGCCAACCUCAAUGGCAGCAACGUAGAGGAGGUGGUGUCCACGGGGCUGGAGAGCCAGGUGUGUGGUGGACUUGCCAUCGACUGGAUCCAUGACAAGCUGUACUGGACAGACUCUGGGACGUCUCGGAUUGAAGUGGCGAAUCUGGAUGGCACGCACAGAAAGGUGCUUCUGUAGAACCUGGAGAAACCACGAGCAAUUGCACUUCACCCAAUGGAGGGUGACACCAUCUACUGGACAGAUUGGGGCAACACACCUCGCAUUGAAUACUCCAGCAUGGAUGGCUCCAAUCGACGCAUCAUUGCUGAUACACACCUCUUCUGGCCCAAUGGGCUGACUAUUGACUAUGCUGGGCACAGGAUGUACUGGGUGGAUGCCAAGCACCAUGUCAUUGAGAGGGCUGACUUGGAUGGGCGGAACAGGAAGGCUGUUAUCAGCCAAGGCCUCCCACACCCUUUUGCUAUCACAGUGUUUGAGGAUAGCCUGUACUGGACGGACUGGCACACCAAGAGCAUCAAUAGUGCCAACAAAUUCACGGGCAAGAACCAGGAGAUCAUCCGCAACAAACUCCACUUCCCCAUGGACAUCCACACACUGCACCCUCAGCGCCAGCCAGCAGGGAAAAACCGCUGUGGGGCCAACAAUGGGGGCUGCACUCAUCUGUGCUUGCCAAACAGCAAGGAUUACACCUGUGCCUGCCCCACAGGCUUCCGCAAGACCAGCAGCCACACCUGUGCUCAGAGUCUUGACAAGUUCCUGCUUUUUGCCCGAAGGAUGGACAUCCGUCGGAUCAGCUUCGACACAGAAGACUUGUCAGAUGAUGUCAUCCCCCUGGCUGAUGUGCGAAGUGCUGUGGCUCUGGACUGGGACUCAAAGGAUGACUAUGUCUACUGGACAGAUGUCAGCACCGACUCUAUUAGCAGAGCAAAAUGGGACGGAUCAGGCCAGGAGGUUGUGGUGGAUACCAGCCUGGAAAGCCCAGCUGGACUGGCUAUCGAUUGGGUCACCAACAAGCUGUAUUGGACUGAUGCAGGAACAGACCGGAUAGAGGUCUCCAAUACAGAUGGAACCAUGAGAACUGUACUGAUCUGGGAGAACCUAGAUAGACCACGAGAUAUUGUGGUGGAUCCUGUUGGAGGGUUCAUGUACUGGACUGAUUGGGGAGUCAGCCCGAAGAUUGAGUGUGCCGGUAUGGAUGCCUCCAGCCGCCUGGUGAUCAUCUCCUCCAAUCUGACUUGGCCCAAUGGGUUGGCCAUUGACUACGAGUCUCAGCGCCUGUAUUGGGCAGAUGCUGGCAUGAAGACCAUUGAGUAUGCCAACCUGGAUGGCAGUGAGAGAAAGGUGCUGAUUGGAAGCAAUCUGCCCCACCCAUUUGGACUUACUCUUUAUGGUGAGCGGAUCUACUGGACAGACUGGCAGGCCAAGAGCAUCCAGAGUGCAGACAGAAGGACGGGGCAGGCUCGUGAAACACUGCAGGAUAACUUGGAGAACCUCAUGGACAUUCAUGUUUUCCACCGGCACAGACGUACAGUACUCACAGCAUGUGGUGUUAAUAAUGGUGGCUGCAGCCACCUAUGCCUCCUGGCUCCUCUCCCUAAAGGUUAUAGCUGUACCUGCCCCACUGGUAUCAACCUCCAAGCUGAUGGCAAGACCUGCUCAUCUGGGAUGACCAGCUUCCUGAUCUUUGCCAGAAGGACGGACAUCCGCAUGGUCUCCUUGGAUAUCCCGUAUUUUGCAGACGUCGUUAUCUCAGUCAAUGUCACUAUGAAAAACACCAUUGCCAUUGGGGUAGAUCCCCAGGAAGGAAAGGUUUACUGGUCAGAUAGCACGCUGCGGAAAAUCAGCAGGGCUGCCCUGGAUGGCUCACAGUAUGAGGACAUCAUCACCACAGGUCUGCUGACCACAGAUGGGCUAGCAGUGGAUGCUAUUGGCCGCAAGGUAUAUUGGACAGACACGGGAACCAAUCGGAUUGAAGUGGGCAACCUGGAUGGAUCAAUGAGGAAGGUUUUGGUCUGGCAGAACUUGGACAGCCCAAGAGCAAUUGCAUUGUAUCACGAGAUGGGAUACAUGUACUGGACAGACUGGGGUGAGAAUGCCAAGCUGGAGCGCUCGGGCAUGGAUGGCUCAGGACGCCUGGUGCUGAUCAGCAACAACCUGGGCUGGCCCAAUGGGCUGGCAGUGGAUAAGGCCGGGUUACAGCUGCUGUGGGCUGAUGCGCACACAGAGCGCAUUGAGGCUGCAGACCUAAAUGGUGCAAACCGCCACACCCUGCUGUCCCCAGUGCAGCAUCCCUAUGGUCUCACCCUACUGGACUCAUACAUCUACUGGACUGACUGGCAAACCCGCAGCAUUCACAGGGCUGACAAGGACACCGGUGCCAAUGUCAUCCUGGUGAGGGCAAACCUGCCCGGCCUGAUGGACAUUCAAGCUGUUGACAGGACACGACCACUUGGCUUUAACAAGUGCAGCAUAAGGAAUGGUGGCUGCUCCCACCUCUGCCUGCCCCACCCUGCUGGCUUCUCCUGUGCCUGCCCCACUGGCAUCCAGCUGAAGAGCGAUGAGCAGACCUGUGACCCCUCUCCAGAGACCUAUCUGCUCUUCUCCAGCCGUGGCUCCAUCCGACGCAUCUCACUGGACACAAAUGAUCACACUGAUGUGCAUGUCCCUGUCCCAGAGCUGAACAAUGUCAUCUCUCUGGACUACGACAGCGUGGAUGGCAAGAUUUACUACACAGAUGUCUUCCUUGAUGUCAUCAGGCGGGCAGACCUGAAUGGCAGCAGCAUGGAGACGGUCAUUGGUCACGGACUGAAGACGACAGAUGGCUUGGCAGUGGACUGGGUUGCCAGGAACCUAUACUGGACGGAUACAGGUCGCAACACCAUUGAAGUUGCCAGACUGGAUGGCAGCUGCAGAAAAGUGCUUAUUAAUAACAGCCUGGAUGAGCCCCGAGCAAUUGCUGCCUUUCCCAAGAAGGGGUACCUCUUCUGGACGGACUGGGGUCACGUUGCUAAAAUUGAGCGGGCAAACUUGGAUGGCUCUGAACGCAAAAUUCUAAUCAACACUGACCUGGGCUGGCCCAAUGGACUGACGUUAGACUAUGAUACUAGAAGGAUUUACUGGGUGGAUGCACAUCUUGACCGUAUCGAGAGUGCUGAUCUCAAUGGGAAGCUACGCCAGGUGCUGGUCAGUCAGGUGUCGCACCCCUUUGCCCUGACACAGCAGGACAGGUGGAUCUACUGGACUGACUGGCAAACUAAAUCUAUCCAGCGAGUGGACAAAUACUCAGGCCGAAACAAGGAGACUGUCCUGGCCAACGUUGAGGGGCUAAUGGAUAUAAUUGUGGUCUCCCCACAAAGGCAGACAGGUACAAAUGCCUGUGGAGUGAAUAAUGGAGGCUGCACCCAUCUCUGCUUCGCCAGGGUUUCUGACUUUGUUUGUGCAUGUCCAGAUGAACCUGACGGACGACUCUGCUCCAUUGUUCCUGGCAUGGUGCCCCCUGUUCCUGAAACAACCAGUGUGAGCGAGAGGAGCCAGACCUCACCUGGCAGAUCAGGCUCCUCAACGACCAAACCCCACACAUCCCUGGAAGUAACGGAAGUAAACUGCUCUGACAAAGAUGUUGGCCAAGGCCUGUGCAACCGGAAGAAUGAGGCAGUACUGGCAACAACAGGAGAAGGGCUGCAUGUCAGCUACAUUAUUGGAGGCCUCCUCAGUGUCUUGGUCAUUCUGCUGUUUAUUGCUGCUCUAAUUAUAUACAGACACAGGAAGUCUAAGUUCACAGACACUGGCUUGGGGAACCUGACUUACAGUAACCCGUCAUACCGGACAUCUACCCAGGAGGUGAAGAUUGAAACUAUUCCCAAGUCAACCUUGUACAACCAGCUGUGCUAUAAGAAGGAGGCUGGUCAUGAUCAUUGCUACACCAAGGAAAAGAUCAAGAUUGUGGAAGGGAUAUGCCUCUUGUCUGGUGAUGAGUCUGAGUGGGAUGACCUCAAGCAGAUACGGAGCUCCCGGGGAGGGAUACUUCGGGACCAUGUCUGCAUGAAGACUGACACUGUCUCUAUCCAGGCCAGCUCUGGCUCACUGGAUGACACCGAAACUGAGCAGCUGCUGCAGGAGGAGCAGUCUGAAUGCAGCAGUGUCAACACGGCAGCAGCCACCCCGGAACGACGUGGGUCACUCCUAGACACAGGCUGGAAACACCAAUGCAAGCCCUCCACGGAGAGUGAGGUCUAAAGCAUGCACUACCGUGGAGAUGCCCAGCUCCUCCCCAGCCCCUGUUCCAUAUGAAUGAGAUGGGACUCAUUCUGCUAUGCUGGGAGAAGCCCAGAGACUAGCCUUCGUGUUGCAAGGAGCCCAGAGACUAGCUGCCUUUCAGCAAGGAGCCGGGGCCAGACUGUUCCGUCAUGGCAGGGGGAAAUGGACUCCAGAGACCCUUUUGGCUCAUUCUCACUGUUUUGUGGUUUAUUUAUAUGUUCCCUUUUCCUGGAAGCUGCCAUGAUAACUUCUGCAGUGACUCCUCUGGGCUGAGUCUAAUUCAGAUUAUGUCCCCUCUGGCAAUCUGCGAGUCCUGCACUGUCAAGCUCACAAUUCAUGCCUCUCGGAGAGCAGAGCUUCUGCACUGCCAGCUUCUUAUCAGGCUCAGCACCUCUUGCCUCUGAUUCAUUCAGAGGCCAGCUCUGCUCUCUCUACAUUAGGGAAUUGGUGGAGGGCUGAAAGAGGGGACAAUGUAGCAGCAGGUCACUUCUAAGGGGAUAAAGAGAGCAACCGCAGCUGCUAUGUUUCUUGUGAUUGAUGUCAUUAGAAUGUCACUGCCACUUUCCCCACAUUCUGGCACAUCUCCACAAGAGUGAUGAAGCCUGGUGCCGGAGCAUUGUGUCUGUUGCUGGCAACGGACACUGCUCCUAAUCACUUUGUUGCUGUCACCCACUUCAAAAAGUAACUGAAGGCAGAUAGGACUCUCCUAACUGCUUUCAGUGUAUAUUGGAGUUAGAGCUGCCAGAUCAGGGGACAGAGUAUAUUUUUACUGCUCUUAGCUCCACAGGCCUACUGAGAGGAAGAGAGAAAGUCUGGAGUCUGUUCCUUCUUUUACAUCAUCAACAAAACUGUUCAUAAAGUUCCAAUCAGAAAGUCAGCCAGUUACAUUUGUGCAAACCCAUGGAAGGCCAUGGGUCUGACUAGAUGUCACUGAGGGUCUGUUGUGGUCGGUAGAAUCUUUUAUUACUAGUGAUGUGUGAAAUGGAAUGAUUGGGGAAACCAUUCUAUUAGUAAACUGAGCCCAUUUUGACAAGGAAUCAGAGAAAAUAACCAUGGAGCUCUAGGGGCCAUUUUUGAAUAGUCACUUAUUAACUAGAGAAGUGGCUCUCAAACUUUACUAGAGACCCCUUUCACAUAGCAAACCUCUAAGUGUGAC